AUGCUCCAGGAAAGAUUAAGAAACUUCAAGGAACUUCAAGCCAAAUUUCAAAAUCUUGAUGCAUCAUCUCUUUCAGGACCUAUUAAAUUCCCAGCAGAUGUUUCUCAAAAGGGAGACUUUGGAAGUAGACAGUCCACAAAGACUUUGGCCAGUGGGAAACCUCCCUCAUCCAGCCACAAUCAGCACUCACUCAACUGUGCCGAUGGUGAUCCCCAGCCUCUUAAACCCCAGGAAGUGAAGGUGACUCAGAAGAGUGAGACUCAGAAAUGUUCUAAUUACCUGGAACCUCCAAGUUUUUCUGGUUCUGCAGUAAGUUCACAGAAGGCUUCUCCGCAGUUAGAUGUGUAUCAGUCAAAUGGUGAGAUAGCCAAUAAGAAGAAAGUCAUGGUGAAUGAUAGCUUCAGAAACAAGCUCUGGAGCUGGGAGGUUUUAUCUCAGAAAAGUGAGACACCAUCCGUCUUUCUCCCUGCCAGUUGUGGAAGCAGGGCCUUCCAUCUAAACGAGCAGAAAAGUAUCAAGCUGACUCCAGAGGAGCCCAGGGAAAAGAUGGAAAUAAAAGAAGCCCAGUCUCUACCUUCCCACAGGCACCUGAUGGCCCAAAGAAGAUUGUGUGCCAUCUCUGAAGAUCCCACCGUUCGACUUUCUCAAUGUAGCAGGGAGAGUGGAACAAAGUCCAGUCCUGAGAGGAGCCUGACAGGGAGCAUCUGUCACCCUGUCUAUGACAAUGAGCUCACCAGCCAGACCCCAGAGGAACAGCCAGAUGUCAGGCAUCCGCAACUCCCCAAUAUCAAGCCACUGCCUUCCGUCGAGUCCCUGGGUCCUCCUCCCCCAAAGCCGCCAAGGCCCCCAGUCAUGACCCUCCAGGCCUUCCAGAGGCAGGCAGCUGCUCUUUCCAAGCCCGAUGGGGAAGAAGCUGCAGAAGAAGGCUACCUGCCUCCAGCGAGUGCUGAAUUUGAAGACCCACAUAAUUAUGAGGCAACAAUUUCCUAUCUGAGACACUCCGGCAGCUCCAUUAACCUGUGCACCGCAAAAAAAAUUGUCGAUUCAACUUAUGAAGUCAGAAUUGGAGAACUCCAAAAGGCUUGGAAGAGUUUUUGCCAUCAAGAACUUAGACCCGAAGAUGAAGACAAACAAAUGAAGGAAAAACAACCAUACCAAUUGAAACUUCAAAACACAGAAGAUCUACACUUAGACCAUCUUUUCAAGGUGGAUAUCUAUGAAGAGAUACCUGGGAAAACCCAGAUGGCAGAAGACCACAGAGGUGGGAGAACCAUGCCGGCCAGAAAGCAGGAUGCUGCGAUGGACAUCAUCCGGGUGGAGGCUUGCCCUGAGGACUUCCAGCUGGCCGGGCAUUCCAUAGACUACUGUGGUUAUGUGAAGGCCUUGGAGAUGAAUAAAGAAACCCAAGGCCAAGGAACCAUUAAGCCAAAUUCCACUUCAGAGAACUAUGAUGAUGUUGAGUGCUCUGGGAGUAGGAGUUCAGAUGGAAAAGCAUCACUUAAAAGACUGCAGAGGUUCUUCAAGAAAGAAAAACAUAGACUUAAAGUGAAGAAAAUCAAUUCAAGAGAAAAUAUAAGGGCAUUUUCCCUUUCGCUGCCUGAUUUAGACCUUAGGUCUCAGGAAGUUAUUAUCUACGAUGAUGUGGCCAUAAACGGAAAACAGCCAGAUGAUGAAGAUAAAGGAAAAUCUUGGAAGCCCAAGUUUUUGGCAUUGAAAGAAAAAAAGAAAAAAGGUGCUAAAGAAUCAGAAAGGAGUUUCUUCAAAACCAAGAAGCAAAAUUUAGAAAGGGACAGGAUGAAAAGAGAAGAAAGACUUUUUAGAGAAAGAUUCAAGUAUGACAAAGAGAUUACUGUCGUCAACACAGCAGUGGUGUGUUCCAAUAAUUCAAGAAAUGGAAUAUCUGACUUGCCAAUAACCCCUGGAGAAGAACUGGAAGUCAUUGAUAUCACUGAAGAAAAUCUAGUGAUAUGCCGCAAUUCUGAAGGCAAAUAUGGACAUGUGCUAAUUGAACAUCUAGAUUUCAAGAAACAAGUUUGGUCACCUUAG